GCACUGUCCCAGUCCCCAUGGGUGCCCAGAGCCACACCCUGGGCUGUGCCGGGCUCCUCUUCACGCCAAGCAGGCGGCAACCCUGCCAUGUGUCACCGCCCGGCGCAGAGGCUGGGGACAUGGCUGCGCUGGCUCGGAGCGUCCUGGUGACGGGGUCCAGCCGGGGCAUCGGGCUGGAGCUCGUGCGGCAGCUGGCCGCCAGCCCCCGGCCCCCCCAGCACAUCUUUGCCACCUGCCGCGACCCCGAGGGCCCCAGAGGGAAGGCCCUGCAAGAAUUAGCUGCCCAGCACUCCAGCAUCAAACUGGUCCAGCUAGCUGACACAGUGAAUUUGCCCAGCAUCCAAAGAGCCAUGCAGGCUGUGGGGUAUCAUCUGAAGGACCAGGGCUUGAACCUGCUCAUCAACAAUGCAGGCAUUAGCUCCCAUGCCACACUGUGCUCCCUGGACUCACAGGAGAUGCUCAACGUGUUUGCCACCAACGUGGUUGGGCCACUCCAGGUUGUCAAGGAAUUUCUGCCGCUCCUGGAGCAGGCGGCGAAGGGAGAGGGAAAGGAGGGUCUGAGCUGCAGCAGGGCUGCUGUCAUCAACAUCUCCUCCAAGCUGGGCUCCAUCGGGCUGUGCCUCCAUGUGCCAGAGGCCCCCAUGUACCCGUACCGGGCCAGCAAGGCUGCCCAGAACAUGGUGACGAGGUGCUUGGCUGCAGAACUCCAGGACAAGGGGAUCUUGUGCAUGGCCAUCCAUCCUGGCUGGGUGAAGACUGACAUGGGCACAGAGGAGGCACCACUGACAGUGGAGCACAGCGUGAGGGGCAUCCUGACCGUGCUGGCCAGCCUCUCACAGGACACCUCUGGAGCCUUCCUCGACUGGGAAGGGAACAGCCUGCCCUGGUGA